AUGACGAACCAGAUGAAUAUGCGGUUCAUGUCGCAGUUCCUGAACAACCCCGAGCUGCUCCAGCAGGGGUCCGGGUCGGGCAGCCUGCCGCAGCAGCAGAAGGUGGGCAUGAUGAUGUCUCCGCAAGUUCAUAACAGAAGCAUUCAACAGCAAGUGCUGGCGGCGACGCUCCAGCAACAGCAGCAGCAGCAGCUUUUGCAGCAGGUCCAGCAGCAGCAGGCGGUGCUGGCGGCCCAGCGACUCAGCCAGCAGCAGAUGCAGCAGAAACAGCAGCCGCAAUCGCUCCAACCCCAGCCGAUGGUGAGAGAGGUGUGGAAGGACAACCUGGAGAGCGAGAUGAUGGUCAUACGGGAGCUGGCCGAGCGCUACAACCACAUCUGCGUGUCCACGGAGUUUGCUGGGAUAGUUGCGCGGCCGAUCGGGUCGUUCCGGUCGACAAAGGACUACCACUACCAGACGAUGAGAUCGAACGCAGAUUUACUGAAUCUGAUACAAAUAGGCAUUACAUUGAGCGACAAGGACGGCCGGCGGCCCGAGGGUGUUCCGUCAACGUGGCAAUUUAAUUUCAAGUUCGACUUGGACCAGGAAAUGUACAGCAGAGAGAGCAUAGAGUCGCUGAUCACGACUGGGCUCAAUUUCAGCAGGCUCAAAGAGUUUGGCAUCGACGUGUUUGAGUUUGCACAGGUGUUGACGGACAGCGGGCUGUGUCUGAUGAAGGACAACGUCUGGAUCAGCUACCACGCGGGCUACGACUUUGGGUUCAUCACGUCGCUGCUCAUCAACAGAAACAUGCCAACGAGCGAGGAAGAGUUCGAGGAGUGGCUGGGCCUGUAUUUCCCGACGUUUUACGACAUCAAGUACAUAUCUGUCUCGCGUGUCGGCGGAACGCACAAGACACGGUCGCUCGAGACGCUGGCGGAAGAGCUGGGCGUCAUCCGCAACGUGAACCAUAAUCUGCUCCAGGUGGGAGGACAGUCGAUGCUGACGCACCUGUGUUUCUGGGAGCUGCGCAGGCUCGUUGGCGACAAGGAGGUGGGCCAGCUGGCCAACCACAUCUGGGGGUUUGCCGACGACAAGACCCAGUUCACUCCCGAGCAGAAGAUGAUGUAUCUAAAUAGAUAG